UGGCAGACUGCAGGGCGAGACGGAUAUAUCAGGACUAGGACUUUGAUGGUCUCUCUGGUUUCCUCCAACUUCCAUUUGUACCAAUGAAGGCAGAUCCUGACAGCAACAAGUCCCCUGGACCCCUGGGUGCCAAUAGGAACAGGCAACUAUCCACCACUUGCUCUUCUUCAAGAGGCACCAACCAGCCUGGAAACCACCCUACCAAAGGCGCAGCAAGAUGGGCUGAGUGCAGGAACCACAGUGAAAAGCUGACACUAGCCCAUGAAAACAGCAGCUCACCAACCAGGAGGGAGAGUCAAACGUCAGAUUUCCACAAUGGCAACACACCUCCGGGAUGCACCUAUGAAGAGGUUAACUGCAAGCUCUUGGAGAAGCCCCACCAAAGGGUUGCCAAAGACAGCAGAAGGAAUGGGAAGGCCAUGCUGAAGGACGCUGUAGCUACACAGAGCAUAAAAGAUGCCCCAAAGGGGUCCCCCACCAAGAACAUCUUUCUCUUUUGGGCAAACAAAGCUGAUGGCAGCAGUAAGGCAACCCCAAGGACACCGAUAGUCCAAAAAGCACCCGAGAAGACUCAUGGGCAGAUUAAGAGUCGCUCUCAGUUAUCGGUUUCCAAAGCAGGGCUGGGUGGCAUAAAGGGAGAGAAGCCUCGGUCUGAUGCAGCAGAAACAGCCCAGAAAAAGACAAGGAAAGACCUUUAUCCAGACCCAAAGGUUUUCAGCCACAUAGAUGCCCAUGUUUUACGUGCGAGCGAGCAGAUAAAGUCAAGGCAGGGUUUGUCAUCGGUCCAGACCAUCAUUCGGCUCAUUACGGAGGAGGCCCAGAGCAAACUGGAGAUGGUGAGAGCGAUCUGGAUGUGGUUGUGUCACAACAUUGAGUAUGAUGUGGAUGGCUUCCUGGGGCUGUCUCAGAAGAUCCACAUGCCUGAACAAGUCCUGAAAACCAGAAGAGGUGUCUGCUCCGGUUAUGCCUAUUUAUGCCAGGAAAUGUGCAGGGAAGUAGGUUUGAGCUGCGUUGGAGUGCCAGGUUAUGGGAGAGGCACCGGAUACCGACAAGGCCUGAGCUGCCUGCAGAAGAAAUCCAGCCACAUGUGGAACGCCGUGCAGCUGGAAGGGCAGUGGCACCUGCUGGACACCUGCUGGGGCGCGGGCAUCGUGGAUGUGGAGAAGAGACGGUUCAUUCCCAGACACGAUGACUUCUUCUUUCUCACUGACCCAAAAUACUUCAUUGAAACCCAUUGGCCCGAAGACCCAGCGUGGCAGCUGGUUGAACAACACGUCUCGCUGGAAGACUUUGAACAGAGAGUCUUUAAAACAUCCGAAUUUUUCAAGCUUCAGCUCUCCCUUCUCUCUCCAGACGUCUCUCUUCUCAAAACAGCUCAUGGGGAAGCCACGGUGGCCCUGAAGAGUGCACAUCCAACAGAGUUUAGCUACCACCUCUCCAAGCUCUCUGGUGAAGUUAGCAAAGAUGACAUGGGUACGACUCAUGGGAUGAUGACCGUGUCCAAGCAGAGCAUGACUCUCAAAGUUACCCCCCCAACGGAGGGCUUGUUCGACUUGAUGGUCUUUGCACGGCCAUCAGACUCUCCAGGCCCCUAUCACUGGGUGUGCUCCUAUCAGAUCCAGUGCCUGGAGCCCAUCAGUAGAGAAAACCUGCCUGAAAACCCCUUUCAUUUCUGGGGCCUUCACCAAAAGGUGAAGGACUUUGGUAUCGAGGACUGCAGCUGGAGAGGGGACCUGGUGGUCGCUGCAAGGGGAGCUUUGCUCUUGACUCUACAGACAACGCGGCCCUUGCUGGCCACAUACGAGCUGGUUCAUCAAGAGUUAGACACUUCUCUGAGCAAGAAGUGCCUGGCAUCUCAAGCAGAGGAAGACAAGCUGAGCUGCCACGUGCUGUGCCCUUUUUGGGGCUACUACCGGCUCUCGGUGUUUGUGAAAGAUCUAGGAGACACCGCGUUCAAAAAUGCAGCCAACUUCCUCAUCCGUUGCUCCAGCCCCAUCAAUCGGAACGAGCUCUUCCCAUCCGGCCUCAGCAUGCACUGUGGGAGCGGGACUUACACCCGUGGAAGGGGCCUUUCCAACCCCAGCCACUCUGCCCCCAUCAUCACCACCAUGCAGGGCAAGUGUAAUAUCACCUUCCACGCACGGCCCGACGUCGAAGUGGCAGCCGUGCUGAGCAAGGACAAUGUCACCAACACCAAGUACCCCAUGGAGAGAUACGUCCUCCUCACUCACCUGAGAAACAAGGUCAGCGUGUGCAUCCUGCUUCCUGAGCCAGGCAUCUACAAAGUGGGGCUCUUUGGCAGGAACAAGGACCAUAAGGACUUUGCCCAUGUCUGCGACUACAUCAUCCGCUGUUUCUCCAACCCCCGGUGGCCCCCUUUCCCCAGGGUGUACAGCCUGUGGAGGAGAGGGUGCAUACUGCUACAGCCCAGAACUGGCGUGCUCCAGGAACAAAGCUGGGUCACAUUUAGGGUCAAGAUGCCCAAAGCCCACAAAGCUCUCGUCAUUGGGCAUGCCAAGACCGAGCUGAAGCCAACUCAGAGCAAGAUCUGGGAGGGGGAAGUGCAUACAGGGCCAGCUGGGACUCUGCUCAAACUGGUGGCUAAAUUCAGCCAGCAAUCCACCAGCAUGGAGGUUGUCCUCUCGUUUGAUGUGGGGUCUUCAGGGUAAAUGAUCCGGGGGAGACGAGGAAAGAUCCCAAGAGCCCAGGAAGGAAAGAAGACCUAUCAGACUGGAAGGGAAAAGGACAACCCCAAAUACCGUGUCAAGUGGACUAUACAGGGUGCAGCCUCCUCCUUGCAGGAUAUUACAGCACUCCUCUCACUUGGAGAUGGUGUGUCAAGCUGAUCAGAACCACCACACCGAGGUCUCUUAAUAGCGUAUGCAUAUAAGAGUUUAUUAAUAUAAGAGGAAUCUGUUAUUCGGUUCCUCUAGAGGACGGUUAUUUUACCACUUUUUACCCAUGCGACUAACUGCAGCUUGUUUUAUUUGACAUCUCUUCCAGAUCUUGGAAAUGCAUGCAAUUUCUUCCUCCUGAGAGCGGGGGGAAAAAUAGGACCUGGAGCCAAAAACAAAACGCAUCAGGUGGUAGCAAUAUUUUACCAAUGUAAAUAUGCAGGAAGGAAGUUAAUAGUUUCCAGAGGAGUUUGUGCUUUGGGGCAGAGGAGGGGCAGGGGUUGUAUUUUAUUUUUAACUGCUGCUUUAAAAUUUCUUCUGGGACAUUCAACCAGGUCUUCAUUAGUGAGGCUGACAUGUAAAUGCAUUGCAUGCUACCUAUGGGCAUCGAGGGAUUGAAAUGGGAGAUGGGAACACUCAGGAAAGCGGUUCUUUGGCCAAGACGCUGCAGUAUAAUAACCAAAAGCAUAGUCACAAGUGUAGUUAUGAUCUGGCACAAGCUAAAAGGCAGUGUCGUAACAGAGAUAGGACUCCUGCCCGGGCAACUUGCGUGUAGGUUGCCAAUGCAUCCUUACCAAACGCAUGCAUGGGCACCAAGAGCAACUCCAUCACCAGGCACUGAAAUGCGGUUACCUACGGAGGGGAGCUGGGCACUGUCGUUGCAGCACGUCCUUUAAGCACAACGGUAUCACAUGAUCAUUUAGGGCAGGAAGUGAAGAUGACACUGUGAACCGCGCCUGCACAAGGAAUGGUUGAACUGAUUUAGAGCGGGGCCUUCACCUUGCGCUGAACAGAGACUGACCCUCGCUUAGCCCUGCCUUCGUACGGGGAGAAGGGAGAAGAUUAGGCAGUGAAUAUUUGUGCACCCCUAAGCCCACGCUGCAUGGUUGGUUUCAUCUUCCAUCGUGACUGCGCAGCUCUCUGAAUGAGAUCCAGGGUUAUUUUGGGAUGCUUUACAAGCAGCAGACCGGGGGAUACCCUCCACUGCUUUUCAGCCACAGCCUUUCCAGCGUGAUGUGCUGAAGACACUCAGAUAAAAAUGGCUCUUGCUGGGCACGGAAAGCAAGGGCAUUUGAGGUAAAGCAAGGCACUCAGUGGAAAAGCCCCGGCAUACUGGAAUGACUGGGAGGAAAUGUCACUAAGGACGAGGAGACAUGGACCGUUCCAGGGGCUGAGCCUUGGGUGGCAGCAGGCAGGUGGGUGCGUUAUAGCAGCUGCAGGGGCAGCUGCUGUUCAUGCUCCCCCCUCCAUAAGCUUGCAGAGCUGGUGCCCUGCUCGCCUGCCACACAUUAUACUGCUGGAUAGUUCUGCACCAAGAUGCAUCCUACUUGUAAAAUGCAUGCAUUGCCACCAUGUUGCAACCGUAGGAAAAAGAGGCACGUCUGUGCUCACACCAACUGAUGAUGUACCUGCCCCGAGAUACAUGGCCUGCUCCACUGCAACCAGGAGACUCCAUAGAGAGCGGGGUCAAUGAAGUUGCACUCAAAAUGGGGGGUUUUUUUAGGGGCCCCAGAACUGAUGACUGCCAACGAAUGAAAGAGAGAAAGAGAGAGAGACUCUCGGAUGCUAUAGCUGCAUGGUUAGGGCACUGCAGGGCUCCCAACUCUGACGGAUCUGUUUUCAGUCACGUGGGGCAAAGAAGGUCCUGCCCACUAUGAGCUGGUCUACAUCACAGCAGUAGUAAGUCCCAGCACCUGGUUUGCCCCCCACCUGCCCCCACCAGCAGGCUCCAAAGUCAGCAAUAAGUCCAGUCCGGUCGUCAUGCUCAAGCGGGAUGAGGACCAGGUGCCUAAGAGCGGGCACAAAGAAACACCAGCAAGCUUCUGGGUGUGCAAACUGCACUGGGGUUGAUUGCUUUGAAUUAAUUGCAUGUGUAGAAGCACCCAGCACGGACAAGCCCUGGGUCACUGCACUCUCGAGUCAGCUACUGCAUGGAGAAAAACAUGUCAAAACCUUAAAUGAGGCUGACAAGCAAAAGCAACCUCCCCUAACCCCGGCCAUCUUCGUUCCUGGUCCCUACGGGGACAGCACGGUAGGAAGCACUAUUAAAACCCCAUUGUAUUUGAAUGGGCCUGGCUUUCCCCCACUGCUCCACACCACUGCCCUGUGCACAGCGUUGUUUUUUGCUCUGCCAGCCUGCGGGCAUCAGCUGCGAUGUCAUGUUUCCCAGUUUUGAAGGGUUAUUCGGGGAUCCCACUUGUUUCUUCCGGGUGGCCUGUCCACCACUUAUUCUAAGCCUCUCUGAAGCCUUUCUGCCUAAGGCAGGUAUAAAUCUAAAUAAUAUUAAUAAUAAUAUUCACUUCCAGAGCAUUGAUAAAAAUACCGAACCAUGUCAGGUCUAGUACCAAUUCUGACAGAACCGUUCAAGACACUCGCCCACACUGAGGUUGGGCACUUGAUAUCUGUCAUUUCACCAAGUCCUAAUUGUGUGCUUUAUUAAUAUUGCAUGGUGGUAAUCUCUUCAUGCUGUGCGGCACUACAUCAAAUGCCUCUCUGGAGUCUUACACCCACACAAUUAUGCUUUUCUACCAAAACGAUAAUCUCAUCAAGGAAUGAAAUCAGGUCUGUUUGACGUGGCCUAUUUUUCCAUAAAACCAUGGUUGAGUGGAAAUAAUUAUAUCUCUGUCGUUUCAUACUUCACCAAUUGUAUUGCAAUCAGCUUUAUCCAGUAUUUUGCCCAGGACUGGGAUCUGACUAACUAGCCAAUUGUUACCUGGGAUAUUGUACAUGCUCUUUUGAAAUAUUUGCCUAGCAUUAGCACUCUUCUGGUCUUUAUUUAUAUCAGCAGGUGAGUGAUCUCCUUUGCCAAGAGGCUGAUUAGAGAACAUUGAUCUCUAUUAGAUGAGGUUUAUCAAUUUCUUCCAGCACAGUAAAGUAGCUCAUCAUCUUCAUAUGAUAUAAUCCAGUGGUUGUCAACGGGUUGUACACGUGCCCGUAGGGACUUUAAAAGGUUAUAGGGGGUAUGCAGAACUGAUGGGGCUGAUGAUAAUAUGGCUGGUAAAUGCUGUGUGCGCGCGCGCAGCCACAGUGCAGCAUGCAGGUGGCAAAGGAGCAUGGUCCGGCAGUGUGGAGAGUAGCCAGGUCCAGCUGGUAAGUCUGUUGUGAGGGAAGGGGUAUGGGGGAAGAGGAAGAUCGAGGCCCCAGAGAUGGGGGAGGGAGUGAGGUCGGGGCCGGGGCUGCCCAGCCAGAGCGGGGUGCAGGAAUGAGCUGUGCAUGGAGGGGGGGUGGCUCCCACCACUACACGCACCCCCGGGAGGGCAUGGGGUACAUGUACCCCUGGAUCUGCGUGCAUGGUGAGGGCAGGCUGCCGCUCUAGGCUAGAACCAGGGCAGCUCU